AUGGCGACCCGCUACUUCCUCGGGGGAACCAUGAAGCAGAUCUGCUUCUGCGCUGCCUCCCCCUUCGUGAGCCAAGACUGGAACAAGAAUGACGAGAAGCUCCUGCAAGCGGUGGAAUUCAAUGAUGCGGACCGCGUCUCCUCUCUCCUGCUCCGGAAGAAUUUGGUCCCCACCAAACUGGACACGGAAGGGAAAUCAGCGUUCCACCUGUGUGCCAUGAAGGGGAACGUGGACUGCUUGGAGGUGAUGUUGGCCCAUGGGGCGGACGCUCUAACCACCGACGGUUCAGGUCACACUGCGUUGCACCUCUCGGCAAAACACGGCCACCCCCAGUGUGUCAGCAAGUUGUUGCAGUCUUCCUGCCAUGUUGAUGUAGCUGAUAGCCAGGGAAGGACUGCACUCCAUCACGCAGCCAUCCAUGGGUCUAUCUCUUGUUUGGAAAUCCUUUGUGACUUCAAGGCUUCCUUGAACAUCAAGGACCAGGAUGGGGUAAGCCCUCUGAUGCUGGCAGCCAAGAUGAACCAUGCAGAACUCUGCCGCUACUUGCUACACCGAGGAGCUGCUGUGAACACCAGAGACCAGAAAGGCCGCACAGCCCUGAUGGUCGCUUGUGAGAACGGCAGCGUGGAGACCGUUGAAGCGCUUAUCCACGGCGGGGCACGGGUCGGCCUGAUCGAUGCCACGGGACGUGAUGCCGCACACUACGGAGCUGCCACGGGCAAUGCCCUCAUUCAACAUUAUCUCCAAGAGGGUGCCCAGCGCCACUCUUGGGCCAGCGAGGAACAAUCACCUGAUCUGUCCUCUCAGGUAAAAUCUGUUCCUCAGUUGCUAUGUCCAGAAUGGUCGUUCAAUGGGGCAAAAAACCCCAAAAGCUCACCCGACGGUCUUUCUUGUUUCUAGGAGGAUCGGGAAGUCUACGAGGAGAUCGCGAGGCUACGGCAGGAGAGGACGCAGCUCCUCCAAAAGAUCCGGGGAUUGGAGCAGCUCCAAGACCAACAGAAACAGGAACAUCUGAAGAUUCAGAAUGGUUCCUUGCCUAUACUGGAGAAACAGCUAAAAGAUCUUCAAAACCAACUGGCGGAGACGGCAAACGAGAAGGAAAACCUUAAGAAGGAACUGGAGGUGCUCCGAAGCCGGCUUUCAUUAUGUGAGUACGAGAAGGAAAAUACCAGUUACGAUGUUGAAACCCUGCAGGACGAAGAGGGAGAACUGCUGGAGUUCCCAGCAACUGCUGAGCUUCUCUCCAAAAAAUCUUUAAAUGCCUCCACGGAAGAACUCCUAGCGACCCUGCAGGGCCAGAUCGAGUCCCUAACCCAGAAGAACAAAAAAUUAAUGGAAAAAAUACAGGUUCUGGAGAAGGAUGAGAAGGAGCAGAGCGAGGCUGACACUUCCGGGGAUUUCAUCCCUGUCAUUUUGUAUGACUCGCUCAGAUCCGAGUUCGAGAAGCUGAAAGGACAGCAACUGGAGGCCCAGGAGCUUCUGAAGUCCCUGGAAAGCAACGGAACAGAUGGAAGCCCCCGUAAGCUCAUUUCAGCAGAAGCUUAUGAGCAGCUGAAGGACGAUUACGAGAAGCAAAUCGCGGCCCUUAAAGAAGCUUUGGAGAAGAUCAGCCCUCCGGAUGAUCAGAUCGGAGAGAACCGAGCGAUGGAAAAGAAAGCAGACUCGGAACCGGAAGGGAAAGGCAAAUUCGACCCGGUAACCCGAGAAGCGAUGGAGCAGCUGACGAACGAGCUGAAAGAGACCCAGGAGAAAUAUCAGGCAGCUUUGGCUGAAGUCAAGAUCCUUGAAGAUCAGAUCGAGCUGGGCAUCUUGUCCGUGGAGGAGAAAGAAGCGGAGGAGAGGUCCAGAAUUGAACUCGAGACAGUGAAGGCUGCUCUCCACCAGACUCGGGAGGAGCUGAAGGAGCGAGAUUGGAAGAUGAAGGAUAUGGAGGGGCUGCUGAGGGUCCAAGAAGAAAGAGAGGCCCAAAACCGCUCCGUGGAGGCAUACGAGGAGGUGAAAGCCACCCUGGGUGCCUCCUUAGAUGCAAUGACCCAGGAGAAAGAGGUCCUUCUUAAGAGAUGCACCUCUGUGGAAACAGAACUACGAGAACUGAGGGCCUCCUUGGAGGAGGAGAGACACAAGGUGCUUGAAGGAAGGUCUUCGGUCAGCCAGGCUCUUGAGGACGAGGCUGCCAAGUUGCGAGAGCAGCUGAAGGCCAUGACGGAGCAACACGAAGAAGUGAAGGCUCAUGUCGAGGAGCUCCGAGAAGGCCGGAAGAAGCUGGAAGAGGAGCUUCAAGAGACUAAGGAGAGGCUGGCUUCUCAGUUCGUCCUCAGAGCGGACCACGAAGAUGUAGUGGAGAAGUCGAAGGGCGCCCUCUCCGAGGCUGAGAAGAAGCUACUGGAGAUGAAAGAGAAGUACACCUCCACCCAGACGGAGCUGGCAGAACUUCAGAAGACCACCGAGACGUACAGGCGAGAGUCGGUGCCCCUAGCCGAGCAUGCCCGGGCCAAGGAGGCCUUGGAAGGCACCUUGUGGGAGUUGAAGGCCAAAACAAAGCGGUUGGAGCAGGAGCUGAAAGCCAAAGCCCACGAGGCAUCCCAUCUCCGGGCCCAGCUGGACGAGGUCUGUCGAGGUGCCGUCUCCACGGAGGCCCAAGAGGAGCUGAGGGCCACCUUGCAAGCCGAAAUCGAGGCCCUGAAGGCGAAGCUGAGUGACCUGGGCAGCAAGCAUGAACGGACCUGCACGGAAGUCUUCCAGGUGCAGCGGGAGGCCCUCUUCAUGAAGAGUGAGAAGCACGCGGCUGAGGCGCAGUUAGCCGCCGCCGAAAAGCAGCUGCAGAGCCUGCGGGCAGAGUCCGAACGUCUCCAGGAGCUGCACAGCCACAUCGAGGACUCUGCCAAGCUAGUUAAAGAGAAAGACAAGAAGAUCACAGAUCUCUCCAAGGAGGUCUUCAAACUGAAAGAAGCUCUGAAGGAUCUCUCCGAGCUGUCUAGUGGCGCUUCCUCUAAAGGGAUCUUUUUACCAAAGGUAGAGAGCGAGAUGGACGUAGCUGCCUUCCAGAGGACCAUUAAAGAUCUGGAGCAGCAGCUGAUUGAAUCUGAGCGACGGCAUAGCAAUAUCAUCUCUUUGUACAGAGGACACCUUCUCUACGCUAUCCAGGGCCACAUGGAUGAAGACGUCCAAAGAAUCCUCUUCCAGAUUUUGAAGAUGCAAAGGCUCCAGGAGCAAAGCAGAUGA